AUGCCAAAGAACUCCACCUUUGUGACUGAGUUCUUCUUUGAAGGCUUCUCCAGUUUCGGUUGGCAACACAGGCUUGUCUUCUUUAUUGUUUUCCUGACAUUGUACCUUCUGACUCUGUCAGGCAACGUGAUCAUCGUGACUAUUAUCCGCCUUGACCGUCGUCUCCACACACCCAUGUACUUUUUUCUGAGCAUGCUCUCCAUCUCUGAGACUUUUUACACUGUUGCCAUUAUUCCUCGUAUGCUCUCUGGCCUCCUUUAUCCCUACCAGGCCAUAGAUAUCCAAGGCUGUGCAACCCAGCUCUUCUGUUAUCUAACUUUUGGCAUCAACAACUGUUUUCUCCUCACAGCAAUGGGUUAUGACCGCUAUGUGGCCAUCUGCAAUCCUCUGAGGUAUUCAGUCAUCAUGGGUAAGAAGGCUUGUAUCCACUUGGCAUCUGGAUCACUGGGAAUUGGUCUAGGCAUGGCUAUUAUCCAGGUUACAUCAGUGUUUGGCCUGCCCUUCUGUGAUGACUUUGUUAUUGCUCAUUUCUUCUGUGAUGUGAGACCUCUGCUGAAGCUGGCCUGCACAGAUACCACUAUCAAUGAGAUUAUCAACUUUGUUGUCAGUGUCUGUGUCCUUGUCUUACCCAUGGGCCUUGUCUUCAUCUCUUAUGUUGUCAUCAUCUCCACCAUCCUUAAGAUUGCCUCAGCUGAAGGUCGGAAAAAGGCCUUUGCCACCUGUGCCUCCCACCUCACAGUGGUCGUCAUCCACUAUGGAUGUGCCUCAAUCAUCUACCUCAAACCCAAAUCCCAGAGUUCCCUUGCGCAGGACAGACUCAUCUCAGUGACUUACACUCAUCACUCCUCUGCUCAACCCAGUGGUAUACAGUUUGAGAAACAAGGAGGUCAAAGAGGCUCUACGAAAGGCCAUUUGUCUUAG